AUGGCCAGAUACUCGGAUCGUCUACGUCCAACUUGUGCGCAGUGUUUGACUAGCCCUUGGUUUGAUGUCGCGCCGAGUGAAAACGUCCGAGAACUUGGAGACCAUGUCAUGCAGGGGUUGGUUGAUUACUCCCGUCGGAGUGUGUUCGAACGAGCGGUUCUGUUGGAGAUCGCGACGCAGGUUCAUGCUGUGAGUGUUCGUGAAAUCAAUGGUAUAUUCCGCAUGCUUGACCACGAGAAGCAGGGCAUCAUAUCCAAGCAAACUUGUGUGACCGGUCUUGUGAAGCUUGGCAUCCCCCAGCGUACGGCCGCGCGCGCCGUAGAGGCUAUGGACUUGGACGGCGACGGGAGGUGA